GGUUCUGUGCUGUUGUAUGGUUCAUUUUCUUUCAGCGAUUGUCAAGAAAGUGGUCGAAGUGGUCAGUGACAUUUUCUUUGAAUAUUUUGGAAAAUAUUGAUAAGAGGACAUCAAAUUAAAGUGUUACCUUUCAACAAAGAAAAAUGCCGAAAAAUAAAGGUAAAGGAGGUAAAAAUCGUAGAAGGGGUAAAAAUGAAAAUGAAACAGAAAAACGUGAGUUAGUGUUCAAAGAAGAUGGCCAGGAGUAUGCACAAGUGACAAAAAUGUUGGGAAAUGGUAGAUUAGAGGCAAUGUGCUUUGAUGGAGUGAAGAGGUUAUGUCAUAUCAGAGGAAAACUUCGAAAGAAAGUUUGGAUAAAUCAAAGUGACAUUAUCCUUAUUGGGCUGAGAGACUACCAAGAUGCCAAAGCUGAUGUUAUUCUGAAGUAUACACCUGAUGAAGCACGUAAUCUCAAAACCUACGGAGAAUUCCCUGAAUCAGUUAGGAUCAAUGAAACUGUCACCUUUGUUGAGGAAGGUUUUGAUGAAGAUAUUGAAUUCGGUGAUGAUAUUAGUUCAGCAGAUGAAGCUGAUCCAGUGGAUGGUAUAUGAUGCUCUCUGAGCCAUGCAGAUAGUUUAUAAGUAACAGAUUGCGAAUCAAUAAACUUGUCCUCAUCCAGAAUUAUGAUUCAUUCAUUUUGUGUCAACCCUUAAACUUGAUAUCUCGAGUCACGUAGAAAACCAAUCAAUCUAGUGAUAAAAUAUGUUCAUGUAACAAGUAAAUACAUUAUCGGUUGUUGAGUAGUAGUAUUUCAUUUCAUAUAGUAAUCCUAUGUUGUGUUAACUGUUGUAAUUUUGUUGAAGUUUGUAAAAUAUCUUUCAUUUGUGCAACUAAAGAAAGGAAUAAUAAAAUAAUCCAAUUAA